UUAAACAUGGAUGAAUCCAAUAUGACAAUUGCCGAAAUAAGGAGAGGUCAAAUUUAUACGAUCGAUUGCAAAUUUGACCUCCGUGAGCAAGAACUACCGAUCAUUUUGAUCAUUACACUUAUGGCAAAUAUAGUGUCAGUUCUAGGAUUAUUCAAUAUGCCUACUAAAGAGAGUACCAUAAACCAGAUGAUGGUGAAGAUUCUAGCUGUAAGCGAUCUGGUCACAACUGUAUUUAUACUUGCACAGUGGGUCGCCAAUGUCAGUAAUUGUAGGGUAUUUGGAGGUCAACUCGGAUGCACCAUUACUGGCUGGAUCACAAGCACACUGGUGAUAUGGUCAGCUGCAGUAGUGACAACUAUGAAUCUUUGUAGGUACAUGUCCGUGUCAAAACCAAUAUUUUACAGACACUCUGUCACGAAGAAGAAAAUUUUGAUAAGCCUCUGUGGAAGCUUUGUGUGGAUAUUAUUCGAAAUGUCCCUACCGUUAUAUGGAAUUGCAGGUCCAUUUCGGUUUUAUGCAGGAAAUAAGAUCUGUUCUUACGACUUCUCUGCGGGAAACUAUGGAAUGUUUCAUAGAGUUACGGUUGGAUUUCUAGGAGCAUAUGGCAUUGGAACUAUCAUUAUAGUCAUAUACUGCAAUAUCAGCAUAGUAUAUCAAGUCAACCAGCGUUCUCGAACAACUGCAGCAGUAGCAGGAGCUUACACAAUAUGAUUGAUUCGAUAAUAAAUGAGAAAACCGUCUCCGGGAUUGAAGACACGAUCUCAACGGCUUUAGUUUUCAUCAACCCGCUUGUAAAUCCAAUCGUUUAUAUUUUUUUCAAUAAACAAUAUAGACAAUACCUCGUCUCAAAGUUAUGCAGUUGUUGUUUAAAGAAAAAUGACGUAACACCAAUGACGAAUGUUACCACGAACACAAAUAGUGAAACGGUGUAAC